AUGGAAGAGACUCUAAAACAAUACAUGAACGAGUAUUAUAGAGGCUUUACAGGUUUUGAGAUAGAACAUUUAGAAGACUUUACAAAAUGUUUAAAAGAAUACAAAAAUUUUAAUUUAGCAGAAUAUGAGAUUUCACACUUAGAUAAAGAUAUGUUAUUUCCACCAGGCGACAUAAAAAUAGGUGUUCGAGACGCAAGAACAACAAAAGAGAGUAAUAUAUAUAAAAAUAUUUUAAUGGAUAUCGCAGUCUUCACAAUGAAAAUGGGCGGCGAAAAUGUUAAAAGAAUCUUUGAAACAAUUCUCCUGGAAAAUUCUCAAGCGGGCACAACAUCGCAAGGCACAGAAACAGCAAAUAAAGAAGACGCAGUUAUGAUGGAACAAGAAGAUUUAGGAAAAUUUUUAAAACAUUAUCUAUUACUUUUUUAUAAGGACUUCAUAGGAUUUGAAGAACAUCACGUAGACGAUUUUGCAAAUGCUAUAAGAUUAAAAAAAAGAGCAUCAGAGACGGAAAAAAAACAAAAGGGUGACGAUACAUUCAAUAAAGACAAUUUAAUGGAUUUCGCUGCCUUUACAAUGAAAAUGGCUGGCGAUACUACCAAAAAAAUUUUGGAAUUAGUGCAUGCAUUACUUCUGAAACAUUCCACAGCAAAGAAGGCCACAUUAGAAGAAUUACAAAAGACAAAGGACAAAUUAAAUUCUGUGAGAGCCAAAUACAAUGAGGAUAAAGAAAAGAUAGACAUUUUAGAAAAGGAAAAAAAAAUGGCAGAAGAACGAAUAAAAAGUUUAGAAAAUGAUGUGAUAAUAUUGAAGGAAUUAGAGAAGAAUAAACCAAUGAGUGAGAUUUCCACAUCUAGUAAGCCGAUAACUUAUUGGAAAGAUAAUGAAAUUUAUGAAUCUUUAAAACAAGUAGGAUACAUAGAAAGAUUAGAAGUCAAAUGGAACUAUAAAUAUAGGACUGUUCGAGCUAGAAUUAGAUUAACAAAGGAAAUGAAAGACAUUUUCAUGAAAGGAGGAUCUAAUAUAGCAAUCAAGAAAAAUAACGAUCAGUUUUAUUAUUUUAGGAUGUUCGAUGCAAAAAUGAGUGCCACCGAUAUAAAGAAAAGAUACGAAUGGCAAGCAUACAAAAGAAUUCCAAAAGUAUAUUUAGAUAAAAAUGAUUUUGUAGUUACAAAAGCGUUCAAUUUGAAAUUUAAAGUCCCUCAACAAACAAAGAAGGAUAAAUUUGUUGACGCAAAAUCUGAUUUAAUUUCAACAAUUCCACGAACUCAAGACGAGCAUGAAGAAUUAGAUGUUUUAAACGAAAAUUUUAAAGAACGCUUAGAAGAAUUGGAUAAAGAUAAAAAACCAAGCAUGUCUAUUACCAAAGGGAAAAAGAAAGUUGUGGAUACUUUGGAUGAUGAUGUUGAAGAAAAAACUAAUAUAAACAAAAAACGCAUAGUACAAAAGCAGGGAGAAAGGGACAAUUCGGAUAACGAAUAA